GGUUCGACUUCUGACAUCUGACACACUGAAUGCCUGUUGAUAUUGAGUUAAAGUCCCCUCAGAGUGUUCCUAACUGGUUUUUGAACCUUAUGGCAUAGGGUAACCAGAGGUUGCAGACAUGUACACAGUCACCUCAGUUACCCAGACUCCUCAGCGCUUCAAAUGCGCAGGCGUGAGGGUCGCAGAUCUUUCUCGAAAUCGCACAUGCGCUGAUUGAACAAGACCCUCAGGAGGACCGAGAGCAGGUACGAACUGGGUUCCGGGCGGCUAUUUCGGCGGCAUCGGCGUCCACACCGCGACUGAGGGACAAUUUCUGUUAGAAUCGGCAGAAAAUUUGAGUUUGGGAACCUCAAACACAACACCACGCCUGUUUUGCUGUCUCUGUCCAGAUAUUUAAGGAGUGACCAGAUAUUUUCUUGGGAACACCAAGAUGAAGAUGUGUCUCAUCCCAGCUGGAAACAUACUUUGUGUCUGAAAUGAACUUCUCUGUUGUAACUCAGUGUAACCCACUGGAACUAGGGUGUUUCAGGAUUUAUUCACUGGAGAUCAGUUUUCAACUGCAUUGACACAUUGAUUAUGCAAGGGAUUCAAAACGCCUGACAGCUGACUUUCUGAAUUGCCAGAGAAUUGAUCGCAAUGAAAUAUCAUUCUCCUUCUCUCAGUGUAGGAAGGGAUUUACUCACAGUUUACCUGCAGACACCUUAGUGAGUCCACAGUGGGAAAAAGACCUUUCACCUGCUCUGUGUGUGAGAGGGGAUCUACUCAGUCAUCCAGCCUGAAGAUACAUCAGCAACUCACACUGUAGUGAGAUGCGCCACAUGUUCUGACCACGGGAAGCAAUUCACUCUGCAAUCAAUGCUGAAGAUAUAUCAGAAAAUUCACCAGUGAGAGAACGUUGACCUGCUCAGACCGUGGGAAGAGAUUCAGUCACUCAUCCCAUCGUGGACACACCACUGAGUUCACCAGGGAGAGAGAUCGCUCAACUGUUCUGUGUGUGGGAAGAGCUUCACUCGGUCCUCUGAAUAGCUGACACACGAGUGAGUUCAUACUCAUUAGAAGGGAUACACUCAGUCUUUACAUGUACUGGUAUACUAGUGGGUUCAUACGUGAGGGAGGUUGUUUGCCUUUUUCAGUGUGUGGAAAGGGAUGUUGUUCACCUGCUCAGACUGUGGGAAGGCAUUCACUCAGAAAUCCAAACUGCAGGCACACCAGCGAGUUCACACUGGUGAGAAACCAUUCACCUGCUCUGAAUGUGGGAAAGGAUUCACUCAGAAAUCCAACCUUGUGUCUCAUUACCGAGUUCACACUGGGGAGAGGCCGUUGACUUGCUCAGACUGUGGGAAGGCAUUCACACACGCUUUCACACUGCAGAGGCACCAGCAAAUUCACACUGGGGAGAGGCCUUUCACCUGUUCUGAAUGUGGGAAGGGAUUCACUCAGUCAUGGCACCUGAAUGAACAUCGGCGAGUUCACACUGGAGAGAAACCGUUCACUUGUUCAGACUGUGGGAAGAACUUCACUCAUUCGUCGAACCUGCAGAAACACCAGUUGGUUCACACUGGGGAGAGGUCUUUCACCUGCUCAGACUGUGGGAAGAGAUUCACUCAGAAAUCUAACCUUGUGUCACAUUACCGAAUUCACACUGGGGAGAAGCCGUACAUCUGCUCAGACUGUGGGAAGGCAUUCACGCACUCAUCCACACUACAGAGACACCAGCAAGUUCACACUGCGGAGUGGUCAUUCACCUGCAGUGAAUGUGGGAAGGGAUUCCCUCAGAAAUCUAACCUUGUGUCACAUUAUCGAGUUCACACUGGGGAGAGGCCAUUCUCCUGCUCUGAAUGUGGGAAGGCAUUCGCAGAUUCAUCCAAGCUAGAGAGACACCAGCAAGUUCACACUGGGGAAAAACCCUUCAGCUGCUCAGACUGUGGGAAGGCAUUCACAGAUACAUCCGCGCUACAGAGACACCAGCGAGUUCACACGGGGGAGAAACCAUUCACCUGCUUAGACUGUGGGAAGGCAUUCACAGACUCAUCCACGUUACAAAGACACCAGCGAGUUCACACUGGAGAGAAACCAUUCACUUGCUCUGAAUGUGGAAAGGGAUUCACACAGUCAUCCAAACUUGUGUCACAUUACCGAGUUCACACUGGGGAGAGGCCGUUCACCUGCUCUGUAUGUGGGAAGGGAUUCACUCAGUCAUGGCACUUGAACAAACAUCAGCGAGUUCACAUUGGGGAGAAACCGUUCACCUGCUCUGAAUGUGGAGAGAAAUUCACUCGGUCAUCAGAGUUGGAAGUUCAUCAGCAAGUUCACUCUGGAGAGAGGCCAUUCACCAGCUCCUACUAUGGGAAAUGAUACACUUGGUCAUCUCAACUAAAGGAACAUCAGCAGGUUCACACUGGGGAGAGGCCGUUCACCUGCUGAGAUUCUGGGAAAGAAUUCACUUGGAAGUACCAAGUACAUGAGCGAGUUCACACACAAGAGGCCGUUCAACUGCUCAGACUGUGGGAAGAGAUACACUGGGUCAUCUCAAUUGAAGGAAUAUCAGCAAGUUCACACUGGAAAUAAGCCAUCCACUUGCUCUGAAUGUUGGAAAGGAUUCACUCAGUCAUAGCACCUGCCGACUCACUAGCAAUUUCACACUGGGGACAAACCAUUCAGUGUUCUGUGUGAGAAGGGAUUCACUCAGUUAAUGCAACUUAGAGGCACACCAGUAAGUUCAAAUUGGGGAGAAGCCAUUCACCUAUUCUUUGUGGGAAGGGAUUCAUUGAGUUCUGCAUCCUACAGCCAAACCAGUCAGUUCACACUGGGAACAUUUGCUCUGAAUGUGAGAAGGGAUUCACCUAGUUAUCCCACCUGUGGACACACCAGUGAGUGCACACUGGGGAGAGGCUGUUCAGCUGUUUUGUAUAGGAAGGAAUUCACUCAGUGAUUCAAACUACAGGCACACCAAUCAGUUCACACUGGGGAGAAGCCAAUCACCUGCUCAGACUGUGGGAAGAGAUUCACUCAGUCAUCUCAUCUGAAGGAACAUCAGCGAGUUCACAAUGAGGAGAGGCUGUUCAACUGCUCUGAAUAUAGGAAGGGAUUCACUCAAUCAGUCCACUUGGAGACAUAACAGCGAAUUUACAUUGGGAUAAGUUCUGAAGAUGGGAGGGAUUCAUUGAGUCAUCCACAAUUAUGGUGCAUUACUGACUUCACACUGGGGAAAAUGUUUACAUAAGCCACGUGCUGGAUAUUUAAUCAUUACAAAUGGUGACUAGAGGCAAGUUCAAAAGUGACUUAUUGUUGACCUCUGCAAUUAUUGAUGCUGCUCAUCAUACCCAGUGCUGCACCCUGGUCACUGGGCAGGAGAGUAGUUUCUUCUAGUGACACUCACCUUUUAUGGGACUGGAGUUUAGUAUUCUGGAUCAGUGAGAAAUAAAUCAGUUCUAUUUUAAACUCUGUCUUAGGUACCUACUGGAUUUUCAACACAUCCAGUGUACAGUAUGGAGUCAACUCUGCACAGGUGGUCUCUGUCAGUGUUUCUAUUCCACAAAAGUUCCUUUAAAUCCAUUCCUGUGUUCACCACUCGCUCUCCUUGUGGUGAUGGGUUACAAUCAGUGGGUGAAGUGGUUUGCAUUUCCUGCAUGACUUUCUGCAAACUGAAGAAGACGAGCUGAUUGCAGUUAUGUUUGACAUGAUUUUUGACCCUCAAAUCUCUCAGCCAAGGAUAAAUGACAUUGGAAGUUAACCUCCUUAUUCCCUGUUCAUGUCAAGGUUAUGGGUCAUUUUCACUGCUUCUGAAGGUCUGCAUGUCCCACGCUGGGUUGUUAAAAUACGUCACUGUCCUACAAAGUCUGAAAUCUGAAUGUGGAUGACAAGUUGGAUGUUCAGUGGAGCAGGUCAGAAACAAGAGAUGGUCAGCACAGGGCAAAUGUUGGGGCUCAGGCAGUGGUAGGGGUAAGAGCAUGAGGAGCAGGGAAACAAAGCUGGGGGGGGUGUGGGCUGUUGCAACAAAUGACAACCCCAUUUGGCAGUUGUUCGACAGAAUGAAAAGGUCGAUUUUGUCUGUUGACAUACUGCCUGUUGACAAUGAGCUUAUUACUUGUGGGCACUUGCUGAAUUCUCAUAAAAAUGUUGACAGUGUUGUUGCCAUUUGGCAGAGGGAGGCAAUGCUUGUAAACACUUUCACUGGCACUGUUGGCUCAGUUGAAAAAACUUAAUUGCUCUAUUACAAGAAACACAUUUAGGAAACAUAGAACACAAAAAAAUUAAACAGAGAUCAAGUCUAUUAUUCAUAUUGCCCUAAUAGUAGAAAGAGAGGAGUUGCAAUAUUAAUUAACAAAUCAGUUUAUUUUGUGGUGGAAAAAGAGGUUAAAGACGAGCAGGGUAGAUAUGUGUUAGCUUUGGGCUCAAUGGGAGGUGAAGAGUUUACCAUCAUGAGCAUCUAUGCACCAAAUGAAGAUAACCCCACCUUUUUCAAAGAAGUAACUUUAUUACUUACCAGGGAAGCUAGAGGUACUGUUGUAAUUGGAGGAGACUUUAAUUGUAUUCUUAAUAGGAGUUUGGAUAAAUUACCUGGGAUUGGGGAAUCCCUGAGCAAGAAGUCUAAAGCAGUAAAAAUUAAGUUGGAUGAGCUUGAACUAGUUGAUGGCUGGAGAGCAUUGAAUCCAGGUGCCAGGGAUUUUAGUCAUAUAUCAAGAACCCAUGGCUGUUAUUCAAGAAUUUACCUUAUUAGCAUCCCAAAGAAGAAUCUACAUCAGGUGAAGGAAAGUGUUAUUGAACCCAUUACAUUGUCAGAUCAUGCUCCUGUUAGACUUGUACUGAACGUAGGCUCUGAGCGCCACUUCAAAUAUUGGAGGCUCAAUGUUUCCACAUUGUUAGACCCCUCUUCCUAUAAUCAACUAAAAUAAUACAUUAGCGAAUAUUUUAUGACAAAUGACAAUGGGUAGGUUUCCCCCUCAAUGCUGUGGGAAGGUGCAAAAGCUGUGAUUGGGGAAAAUGUAUUGAUUUGGCUAUUCCAAUGAAAAAAUACCAAAACAAAAAAUAUAAUCAAUUACAAAGUGAAAUAAAAAGAUUAAAACAAAGGCACAAAUUAACACUGAAUAAGGGUGAUUGGAAAACCUACAAAAGUGUAGGGAUGCCUUGAAUGAGUUGCUCACAUUUCAAGUGGAAGGAGCACUUACAUACACAAAUCAAAAGUAUUAUGAGAUGGGGAACGAGGCCAGCUGUCUGUUAGCAUUUCAGUUGAGAAAGGCACAAUCUAACAGAGUUGUACCAAAAAUUAAACAUCCUUUAACUUUCUCUGAGGUAUCGAACCCAAACGAUGUAGCAGAGGCAUUUAGGGCCUUCUACAAAGAUCUGUAUGAUUCUUUGGAUCCACCAUAAAAUAAAGGCAAGCUGGACAAAAUUUUCAGAGACGUCUGUAUAAAUAAACUUUCAGAAAGUGAGAUUGUUUCACUGACAACCAAUCUCAGAACUAGAAAUAAAAGACAUUAUUAAAACAUUAAAAAAUAAUAAUCUCCAGAUACGGAUGGAUUUCCGGGUGAGUUCUAUAAGAUAUUUACAACAGAACUUACUCCGGUUUUAUGUAAAGUUUUUAUUUAAGUUCUGUAUGAAAUAACCCCCCCUCCCCCAGAGAGCUAGUCUGAGGCAAUCAUAUCAGUAAUUCACAAGAAUGGAAAGGACCCUAUAGUAUAUAGUUCAUAUAGACCAAUCAGCCUGCUUGGUACUGAUGUGAAGAUUCUUUGUUCUAUUUUAGCAAAGAGACUACAGAAAUACAUAGGAAAAUUGAUUAAUCCAGAUCAGACUGGAUUUAUUCCAGGCCAUCAGGGAGCAAAUAAUGUUAUAAGAGCUUUAAAUAUCCAGUCUUUAGCACAGACAUCCAUCCACCCUUCAAUGCUUCUUAGUUUAGAUGCCGAGAAGGCAUUUGAUAGGGUGGAUUGGAUAUACUUAGACUAUACCGUAGAAAAAAAUGGGUUUUAAUGCACCAUUUUGAAGUUGGAUGAAGACUCUGAAUAAAGAUCCAAUUUCCAGGGUUAGAGUGAAUGGAUACUGUUCCAAUUUUUUCAGGCUCAAAAGGGGAACCAGACGGGAGUCCCCUAUCCCCAACCACUGGCUGAGUUAAUAAAACAAAAUGAACAAAUCGAGGGUAUAACAGAUAAAGGAGGUAUAACCCAUAAGAUAGCUUUAUCUGCAGAUGACAUUCUUCUCUUUAUAAAGAAUCCUCUUUCAUCAGCUCCCCCACUUAUGCAAUGUUUGAGAAGCUAUGGAGAAGUCGCUGGAUACGAAGUUAAUGAAGCAAAAUCUGAAGCUAUGAUGAUUACAGGGACCUGGUCAAGCCAGCUGGAUGAUGAAAAGACUUUUCACGGCCAAAACAGGGCUUUAGAUAUUUAGGGGUUAGUUUACUUCAUAGUUCCUCUCAGCUCUUUGCAGUUAAUUAUGUUAAACUUAUCAGCCCAGUGAGGAGUGAUCUUGAACAUUGGGAGAUGCUUCUUUUAUCACUGAUAGGUAGAGUAGAAGUGAUAAGGAUGAAUAUUUUGCCCAGGUUUCUUUUUCUUUUUCGUGCUCUACCCAUAAUAGUUCCUAUAUCUACUUUUAGAAUGUUGGAUAGACUCAUCAGUAGAUUUAUAUGGCAGAAAAAGAGGUCCAGGGUGAGACUAAAAGUGUUAAACUCAAAUAAAAAACAGGGAGGUUUAGCUUUACCUCAUUUAAAGACCUAUUAUUGGGCUACCCAAUUAACAGCAAUUGUGUCAUGGUUCAGAGAAGACGAGGAUUCAAGAUGGGUUCAUAUAGAGCAAAAUUCAAUUGGUAAGUUAUCUUUAGCAGCUCUUCCCUUUUAAAAUCCAAACAUGUGGAAGAAUGUUGAGACUCAGAAUGAAUGUGUUAACUAUACAUUGAAAGUAUGGAAUAGAAUUAGGAAAAAAUUAGAUCUUCCAAGGACUAUAUCAAGGGCAACCAGAAUUGCAUUCAUUUCAGAUUUUAUUCUAGCAAGACUGGAUUCUGGUUUUAACAGGUGGGCGCAAAGAGGCCUGGUUCUUGUGGACCCAAUUUUUGAUGGUGAGGCGCUCAAAUCUUUCUCCCAACUCCAAACUGAAUUCAGCUUUGUAUCAAAUUACUUUUAUAGAUUCCUCCAAAUUAGACAUUACCUUAUAUCACACAAAGAAUGAAACAAUCUUAAAAUACAGCCAAAUAACUUGGAAAAAUUUUGGAUAGAGAUUAUCAUGGGUAGGAUGCAAUCCCAAAAAAUUGUAUCUUGUACAUAUAAGAAAGUACACCUGGAUACAAUGGAUAACACGUUAGAUGUUAAAUGUAAGUGGGAAUUGGAGGUAAAUACCAUAAUAGAAGAGGAAGAGUGGGAGAGGUCUUGGAAGUCAUGGCAGAAAUGCUUGAAUAAUCCCAGUUGGAGGGAAUUUGCUUGGAAAAUAAGGAUGAGGUACUUUAAAACCCUGUUAGUAAUAACAUACAUAGAAUAAAACAGCAGACUUUGCUGGAGAGGCUGUGGCCUAGUGGGAGAUAUUGCACAAACAUUCUGGGGCUGUCCCAAAUUAAAGGAAUUUUGGUAUAAGGUCACUGAGGAAAUAAAGAAGGAUUUUAAAUAUAAGUGUACCCUUUGAAUCAUGUCAUUUAAUUUUAGGCACCUGCAAUCUGCAUUAGAGAAGACUAAACUAUACAUGUUAAGAGUCUUGAUUCUGAUUAUUUAUAAAAUGAUAACUGGCUUAAAUCUCACCUACCCAUUUUGGAACAAUGGAUACAGAGUCUGAAAGAAGUGACUGUAUGGAAAAUAUCACUGCAAGUUUACAACUGAAAAUUGACUCUUACUUGGAAAGAUGGAACUCUGUUAUUCUGUACCUGGCACAGUGAAAGGUCCAUACAGGAGCCUGGUAAAAUGUAGAACUUGGGUUGAUUUACUGAGAACUGUGAUUUUAUUUUAAAUACUGGCUGAUGUAAAUCUAUAUUGAGGGGUGAUGUAAAGUAUGUAGCUCAUGUGUAUGUUUGUGUUUGUAUGCAAUUGUAUGUAUAUGAUCUUUGUUUUUUCUUUCACUUGCUUCUACUCUCUUCUACCCCUGGUAUUGUUAAUAUGGGUAUUUACUAUUGUGCAGUGAACUAUGGACUGAUAGCCGAUGGUUAUUUGUAGAUAUGUGUUUGUUCAAUAAAGUUACAAAAAUUUUUUAUAAAUUUAUAAAAGUUAUAAAAAUUUUAUAACUCUCUGCAGCUUACUUUGAUCCUGUAGCCCCCAUGCCAUACCAGACUGUGAUGCAACCAUUUAGAAUGCUCUCCACCAUAUAUCUGUAGAAAUUUCCGUGUGUUUCACUGACAUACGAAAUCUCUUCAAGCUCAAAAUGAAAUACAUUCACUGUGUUGCCUUCCUUAAAGUUGUAUCGAUUGCCACAGGGGGUUGUGGGACCAAGUUUUUGGGUAUCAGGUUUUUAACGCAGAGUUUCAUAAGAUUCUUUAUCAGUCAAGGCAUGAAGGGUUACAGGGAGAUCAGCCGUAAUGAAAUGGUGGAGCAGACUCCAUGGGUCAAAUGGCCUAAUUCUGCUCCUAUAUGGUCUUAUUGUUCUAGUUCUGGCUUUUACAUCAUAAAAUGGAAACCGGGAUUGAGGACUACUGUGUGAUUGUUUAAAAAACAUCUGUAAAAAAAGAAACAAAUUCUGGUAAAACACUGAUUAAAUAUGCAAACCAAUAGAGACUAAUGUAUUUCCAUGCUAGUGGGAAUACAUUAAAUUUGGGUUGCAGAACAAAAUGUUAGAACUUCAACUGCAAGUUUAAAAUUUUGAGAUUACAGUCAAACUUAAUAAAAAGUACAAAUGAAUUAAGAUCGGAUCAAAACAAAGUUGUGAAACGUGAAAACUUUUACCUGGAUAAAACAUUUAAACUGGAUGAGGUUAAUGAAAAAGUCUUGAUGAAAAAUACCAAAAAUGGUAAGUUUAUUCAGACAAGGCAUGCACUGUCUGGAAAAUGGCUCUACUGAUUUAGAGAUAAGACUGUGUUUGGUUUGAUCAACUGUGAGUGAGUGAAAGAGUUAAUGGGAUGAGAAAAGUAAUCACUAACAAAGAAACAGCCAACUUGGGAUGAGCUAAAGAAACAGCAGGAUAGGACAGCAAAAUGUGAAGAACAAGACGGUAAUUCAAUUGAAGUCACACACACAAAAUGCUGGUGGAACUUGUGUUUGUGUAUGUACCUUUGGGUCUCUAGCAUCUGCAGAAUCCCUUACAUUUUUAAUUCAAUUGAAAUGCUUUAGUUUUAGAAACAAAUUGAAAGUGCAGUUGCCACUUCAAGAGGAAAGUCCUGCUGGUGAUACUGCUAGUGCUCCUCCCAGAGAAACAUUAAACAGUCUCCCUAAACAGUUUCACCAUCUGAACUCCGAGGGAUUACAGCCUACAUCAAAGAGUCCUCCAAGACAGUGACACCAGUUCAACUCUGAGGAAUUGCAGGAGAGACAUGACAUGAACCCUGCACUGGCCCCUGGCAACUCAAGUCAGAAUGGCAGUGAUGACACAGCAAGAUUGACAGCAAUGUCACAGUUCACUCCAAUAAAGACCAAGGGAGUGUAGACACACAGAACUGAAGAUGAAACCAUUGCUAAUCAUUCUGACAGACUGCAUCACUUUCUGGUAUGGGGAGCUACUGCACAGGUCUGAAAGAAGAUGCAGAGUGGUGUAAAUAUAGUCAGCUCCAUCUUGGGUAGUAGCCUACUAAGUACACUGGACAUCUUCAAGGAGUGGUGUCUCAGAAAGGCUGCGUUUUUCAUUAAGCACCUCCAGCUUUUUUCAUUGUUACCAUUAGUUAGGUGGUACAGAAGCCGGAAUCACUCAGUGAUUCAAGAACAGCUUCUUCCCCUCUGCCAUCAGAUUCCUAAAUGGACAUUGAACCCUCGGAUUCUAUCUGACCUUUUUAAUAUAUAUUUUUCUUUUUUGCAUGAUUUUUAAUCUAUUUAAUAUAUGUAUAUUGUAAUUGAUUUACUUAUUAUUUUAUUUUGUUUUUUUCUAUAUUAUGUAAUGCAUUGAACAGCUGCUGCUAAGUUAAUAAAUUUUCACGACACAUGCCAGUGAUAAUAAACCUGAUUCUGAUUCUGAUUCAAUGUAUUGACAAGCUCGUGGCAGAUUAUCAACUACAGCUCAACCACUCAUCAACCUGCUGAAGGACAAUAAGUGCUC